GGUCUCAGGAUGUAGACGUCGCCUCCACGGAUUUCGUGCAGGGCGACAACAUUGUUUACACCCUGCAUUUCUAUUCAGGCACACAUGGACAAUACCUCAGAGACAAGGCGCAGGCGGCCCUCGACCGGGGCAUUGCGUUAUUUGUCUCUGAGUGGGGGACAUGUGAGGCUGACGGGAACGGAGGCUUGGACUUAGAGGAAGCGCAAGCCUGGAUGGAGUUCCUCGAGGCGAACAACAUCUCGGACGCCGAUUGGGCUGUGAACGACAAGAAGGAAUCCUGCUCUGCGCUGCAGCCGGGUGCAGCCACCAACGGCCACUGGGGCCCCAGGGAUUUGACGCCCUCGGGGCGUUGGGUGCGGCACUCCCUGCGCCAACACGCGGCGAGGAACGGGAACCCGCUCAUCAGGAUUAGGCCCAGGAACAGCACCAAUGAGACCGGCAACGAGACGGGCGGCGACGACGAGGACGAGGAGGAUCCCGACCCAAUCCACCUGGACUCGGGUCGAGGCCUAUACGAGUCAUCCGAGGGAGCGAUGACACGAUGCGGUGUUUUAGCAAUGCUCGUGCUGGGGCUAUGUAUCUUCCUGUGAAGCUGACCGUCAAACGAUGCGACGCUUCCAUCUGCCGAGAGAAUAGGCACCGGCCUGAAUAUGGCGUUUGCCUAGCCGCGGCACCCAUUCCAUUUUGGAAAAUUCUCAUGCAAGCUCAGGAAUGAACGCCUCUCGAAUUCGCGAAGUUUCACGAUAGUGACAUUUCGCAUUUUGCGUCGGUCUGGGGUUACUUCAGACGACGGCAAGGAGUAGGCAGGAUUCUUGAGCAGACAUCUCCUACCGAGAGCUGCACAGUUGGCCAGAACUGCAUGCCAUACAAGGGCACCCGCUCAUUUGAGUGGCGUGAUGCCCAUUGCACACCUAGUCUAUGGAACCGCGGGACCGUCGUGACGACUUCUGGAUCCUGCACCUCCGGUUGCAAGAGGUUUACCCGAAGGCGAGGUUUUCAAUGCAACGUUGUCAGUGGGUCCGUGCCCAAUCAGCAAAACCCCUUGCACCCGGCGAAGCCUGGGUGGUCCACUGCAUCCUUAGGCCCCCACGCCUUUUGAAGGCACUUAUUCCAUGAAAAUGGAUAGUGCUAGAGGAUGCAACAUGCAUCCCAGCCAAGAUUCCUUUUGCCCGUUGAU